CCCCGCAGCGGACUUGAAACCAACGCGACUCGGCUCACUCUCUCUCCAAAUAUAAGGAAGGAGGCCAACCCAGCCAAAGGGGCGUUUUCUCGGCGUUUAAUGUCUGUGCGCGGGUUGGAGUAGUCUGUGUCCGUGUGAGAGGACGAGACAAUAGACAUAAGCGCUCUUGUUCUGCGAACUGCAUCUCGUUCAUCUCUUCUCCCUUCCCUUUCCCCUCUCUCUCCGAAGCUCCAUUCCCGUCUUCCUUCCGCCGUUUCGCCCGAAUCUCUCUGCUGCUGCUCGUCCCAGGCCUCCGUCUGGAUCCACUCUCCGUCAGUCACUUUGUCUCCCUCUCAGUCAGGCAAAGAGCUCCUUAAUCCCUCUCCGAGUUUGUACCGUCCAAUUCGAUAACGAUGUUCGGCUCUCCAAAUCCUUUUGGACAGACAUCAAGUAGCCCUUUUGGGUCAACUGGCUUUGGCCAGACAAGUGCUCCAACCAGUAAUCCUUUUGCACCCAAACCCUUCGGUAGUCCAACCCCUUUUGGUUCCCAGACUGGCACUUCCAUGUUUGGGGGAACAUCAACGGGUAUGUUCGGCACACCCCAAGCUUCCUCACCUUUCCCAUCUACAACAACAUUUGGGGCCUCGUCAUCUCCAGCUUUCGGGAGCUCAAUGUCUGCUUUUGGAGCAUCUAGCACGCCUGCGUUCAAUAGUUCUUCGUCAUCAUUUGGUGGGUCAUCUGUGUUCGGUCAAAAGCCUGCCUUUGGAGGAUUUGGGUCGAGUACAACUCCUACUGCAUUUGGAGGCACUAACCAACAAUCCCAACCUGCAUUCGGGAAUAGUUUGUUUGGUUCCACGACACCUUUUGGGGCAGGCUCUCAGCCUGGAUUUGGUGGUACCAGCACGCCUGCCUUUGGCUCGACAAGCACCCCUGCUUUUGGUUCAACAAGCACCCCAGCUUUUGGUGCUCCAAGCACUCCGGCGUUUGGUUCGACAAGUACUCCAGCUUUUGGAUCAACAGCGAGCCCAGCUUUUGGUAGCACAGGAGCAGCCUUUGGUGUGUCUAGUACCCCAGGUUUUGGAUCUUCAAAUACUUCAGUUUUUGGCUCCUCAAGCAACCCGUCUUUUGGUGCUUCAUCUUCUGCUUUUGGGGCUGCAAGCACUCCUGCAUUUGGGGCUUCCAGUGCUCAAACUUUUGGUGCAUCUAGCACUCCAUCAUUUACCUUUGCAUCCAAUUCAGCUUUCGGUCAGUCGACCUCUGCAUUUGGAAGCAGCCCAUUUGGAGCACAGAGUUCUGGGUUUGGGUCCCAGGCAACAACACCAACAUUUGCAAGCUCAGGCUUUGGGCAAGCACCUUUUGGUACGCAGCGAGGCGGAAGUAGGGCAGUGCCCUACACAGCAACUCCUGACACAGAAACCACUGGUACAGGGGGGCAGCCUGGGAAGUUAGAGUCGAUAUCUGCCAUGCCUGCCUACAAAGAGAAAAGCCACGAGGAGUUACGAUGGGAGGAUUAUCAAUCGGGAGACAAAGGCGGUCCUUCCUCUGGGCAACAACCUGGCGCUAUCAGUUUUAAUGCACCAGCAGCACAAUCAAACCCGUUUGCUCCAACAUCUACAUUCCCUCAAACUUCUGCUAAUCCUUUUUCUUCGACGACGGCGUCUAAUCCAUUUGCUCCCAAGGCUUUUGCUCCAUCAGCUACCUCAGCUUUCAGUUCUUCACCUUUUAGUGCUCCUACGGCAGCUAACCCUUUUCAGUCGACAUCCUUUCCAUCCUCAUCCAGUGGUCCAUUUGCCUCCUCAUCUCCAUCUCUUUUUGGCCCAUCAAGCUCAUCAAGUUUCGCUUCCACGCCAUCCCUGUUUACAUCCAGUGCCCAGGGAACAACCUCAGCAUUCAACCCUACCAUGGCUUUUCCCAAUAGCUCUCCUACAUUGUUUCAAUCGACCACACCUUCGCUUUCACAAACAGGUUCUGGUUUUGGACCAGCUACUUCUGCCUUUGGACCGAGUUCCACCUCUCCAUUUGGUCCUUCAAACGCUUUCAAUACCUCAGGAACCUCGCUUCAAGGAAGCCUUUUCUCAAGCACACCUUCUUUAUUUCCUUCAACCAACCAAGUCUCUAGUUCGACACCUUUUCAAUUGCCUCAAUCUAGCUUUGGUAACUUUGGCCAGUCUCAAGGUGGCGCAAGUUUGUUUGCCAACACAUCUGGUCAGAACAAUUAUGGACAACAGUCUAUCGGACAGAGCUCUGCUGCUGUACUUCCAGCACCUAUGACCAAUCCUUUUGGCACUCUCCCAGCAAUGCCUCAGAUAUCUAUUAAUAGAGCUGGAACUACACCUUCUGUGCAGUAUGGGAUCUCAAGCUUGCCUGUUGUUGACAAACCUGCACCUGUCAGAGUAUCCUCCUUAUUGACCUCUCGACACCUGUUGCAAAGGCGGAUUAAGAUGCCUGCAAGGAAAUAUUAUCCCAAACAUGAUGGUCCAAAGGUUCCGUUUUUCAGUGAUGAGGAUGAAUCUCCCAGCACACCCAAGGCAGAUGCCCUUUUUGUUCCUAGGGAAAACCCAAGAGCUUUGGUAAUUCGCCCUGUAGAUCAAUGGCCGUCGAGAGCUAGUGUGGACAAAGUGUCUCCGGUUAGGGAUGUGCAUCAAAAUGGCAAGUUUCUGACUCCUUUUCUGUCGCCCUCUCUCUCCGUGAAGUGUAAAGUUCCAGAAGCAGCAAUGGAUGGAGAUGAUGUAUCUUCCUUGAAUGGUACCAACAAGGCCAAUGGCAAAGAUAAGAGCCCGGCGGGUGAAAAUGGUGUUGGCAACAAGGAGCAUGUGGAACUGAAUCAGAAACUCAAUGGAAGAGUUCAUCACGAAGAUCAUUCCAGCCCGAAUUAUGAAUCAGACAACAAGAGGCCUAUCAAUGGUCGCAGAGCUGGAGAAGCGGCAAUAGUGUAUGAGCAUGGAGCAGAUAUCGAGGCACAAAUGCCGAAACUCCGCCGUCCCGACUACUACACAGAGCCGCGCAUCCAAGAACUGGCGGCUAAAGAAAGGGCCGAACCGGGUUACUGCCGCCGUGUUAGGGAUUUCGUGGUUGGCCGACAAGGCUAUGGAAGCAUCAAGUUUCUGGGUGAGACAGACGUGCGGGGGCUUGAUCUGGACUCCCUCGUUCAGUUCAACACUAGGGAGGUGAUUGUGUACAUGGACGAAGAGAAGAAGCCACCUGUGGGACAAGGUCUGAAUAAGCCUGCUGAAGUCACCCUUCUGAACAUAAGGUACGUCGACAAAGCUACCAAGCAGGUGUUGACAGAAGGGCCAAGGGCUCUAAAAUACAGCGAGCAGCUGAAGAGGAAGACUAAGGAGCAAGGUGCUGAAUUCGUGUCGUAUGAUGCACCGAAGGGAGAAUGGAAGUUCAAGGUCGAGCAUUUCAGCACGUACAGGCUUGUCGAGGAGGAAGAAGAAGAAAAUGUUUGCUGAGGCUCAUGAUGAUUAAUAAUUGGGGUUUGGAGGGUUUGCUAUGUAAGAUUGGAUGGCUUCGAAGUUGUAUAGUAUACUACUGCUACCUCGCAAACAAUAGUGGGCUUGUUUCUUGUUUCUGCUUACCUGUUGCUAUCCUUUCUUCCAGGUCGCUUUUGUUCUGAAGUGAAGUUUCUGGGAGCUUUUGAAUUGGUAUACCUUUCGUCUCCUUUCCCCUUUGUCCCUCGACUCGGGUUUUGUAUUUGUUCAUUUUUCAAACUUGUGCAGGUGGUUGGUUUAAAAUUUAAAUGAACUGAAGAUGGUUCAUUUGGUGACACCAUUGUACCAAUAAUAUAUAGAAUACUGAAAGGAAAAGAAAUGGAAAGGCAAUAUCAUUGUAAAUAUUACACGGCAGCAGAAUCAAAGUACAUAUAGCAGAGGUAUCGAAAUCGAGCUAUGCCUGCAGAUCGAUCAUGAAACUGAUCGGAUUAUUACCAACCGUAGAACGCAAGCAAUUGGAGUAACUAGAUAUAUAGAACGCAGUUUGGAAGGCUGAUGCUUUAUAUAAUUGUUACCACUCCCGCAGGUGGAUAUAGUGAUGAAUCAGAAGAAUCCGUCGUCAUCAUCAGAUCCUCGCUCAUGACGACGACUUCUGAAGCGUUCCUCGUCACCACCGUCCACAAUGUUCUUCUUCCCCCUCCUGUUUCCAAGCCUGUCACCGCCGCGGUGCAGUGGAAGGUGGCGGGGGUGGUGGUGGUCGGAGAUGUCCAUAUGGACGCCGGGGUCGUUGGUGUUGUAGUGGCUGUCGAACAUGAUGGAGUUAUUCACGGCCUGGAAGUUGCUGUUCACGUAAGUCCCAACACCCUCCUCCUCGUCGUCUUCCUCCGCCGCAUCCUUCAAAUCAUUAGCAUUGCUCGCCUCGUCGCUCUUUCCCUUGCCCUUGUUGAGGGAAGAGUAGUAAUGGUGGUGGGGCCUCGCAUUGCGGUCUUGAUCGUCCAAGUGGCCCCGCAUGGUGGCUCCGGUGUUGGUCCCGGCCAGUGUCACCACCCUCACCCCAUGUUGCUGCUGUUGCGAUUCGGCAUCGUCGUCCCCGGCCGCGACGGUGUGGCCGCCGCCGGUGGGGAUGCCGGAGACGCGGUUGGUGAUGGUGUUGACCAUGUCCCUGACGUGGCGAUCCAGAGGCUUUUGGCUGGCCGGCCCACCUGCUGCUGGCACCAUGAUUGGUUGAUUAUGUUGGUGUGGGAAAUUGGGAUUUGGGAGGGGUGACUGCCCUUUGAUUGAUGGCGUUGCAGCUGGAAUAAGUUUCAGCCAUAUUUAAGGAGCGAAAAGAAAGAGGUGUGGGAAUGGCUUGACUUGGAGUGAAAUGCGAAGGAUUUAUUCUGUGCUCUUCUUUGCUGGGGGCAGGGGAAAGGGAUCACUUGGGCAGCUAGUUCUCUGCCACCCUCUCUCUGCCUUUUAUGAGCGGUAACAGAUGUAAGAUAUGGUCAUUAUGAAUUGGGCCGAGAGGGAGGGGCUGGGCGGGGAGAUAUGAAACGGUGGGCUCGGCCCAAAA